AUGGCAAGUCAAGUGAAGUUCAUAGAAUAUCGAUUUUAUCGAGUCGCGAUGGGUCCGAGGAAAUUUCGGCCCACCACUUAUCAAGUCUGCGUUACUAUUGUAGAAGCGAGGCAUUUACCGCAAAAUGCGAACCCUUUGGUCGUGGUCAAAGUUGGUAAUCGGAAAAGAAAGACGGUGGUCCGUGAGAAAACCGAUACACCGUUUUAUAAUGAGUAUUUUGUAUUCGAUUUGUUUUGCGACAUGGAGGAACUGUUGGGUACGAAAAUCAUAAUAGCUGUGUACAUAAAGCAUUAUCUACGCUUGAAAUUCCAUGGAAGCGCAAGUUUCGAAAUAGCCCUCGUGUGGGAGCAACCAGAUCGCCAAUAUUAUCACAAGUGGGCGAUGUUGACGAACCCAAAGGACCUUGGUUCCGGGCCGAAAGGUUACGUUAAAUGUAAUAUCGCAAUUAAUGUAAAAGGGGAGAAAAUGAAGGGGCACCCGGAGACAGAGGGUGAGGACGACAUCGAGGGGAACCUCUUGCUGCCCGUGGGAGGCGAAUCGUUGCCCUUCAGACAACACGCGCGAUACAUUUUCACGAUUUAUCGAGCUGAUGGGCUGCCCGAUAUGAGCAGCAUGUGCUAUAAAAGCGAUUUCGAAAAUAUUAACCCGUACGUGCAAAUAUCUUUCGCUGGAAUGAAGGGAACGACGAGCGAGGCGUGGCAGACAUAUGGGCCAAGGUUUAACGAGAAAAUUACCUUCAAGGAAAUGUUCCCGUCCCUCUGUCAACGCAUGAGGAUCGCCAUAAAGCAUCGUCUCAAUAGCUAUCAGACGUGCGUGGUGGCUUCUCACAUUCUCGAUUUGAGCAAGAUAUCACAUUCCGGCGAAUACGGUUUCCUGCCGACUUUCGGGCCAUCGUUCCUUCACUUUUACGGCUCAAGCAGUACAGAAAGGAACAGCUGUUUCGGCAAGUGCUUGACAGCGCUUCCUCUCUAUCGUGGACGAGUUCUUCUCUCCCUAAAAACGGAAAUGGAAGAUCCAGAAACGUCGUCUCGAAUCGGCGCUGAAACAGAACCCACGGCACCCAUCAUCGAGAAUCGUCUAUGGAGAACUGAGCAAUACUGCCUGGUCGCGGUGCUGUACGACGUGAGCAUGAUCGAUCGCCGAAAAUUUUGGACGAAGUCAAUAAGCUUCGAGGUUAGCCUGGGGAACGCAGGCAACAGACAGUUCCCGUACAGCCAAUGUUUCGAGGACAAUAAUAACGACGGAAACCGGAUGCCAGAACGGAGACCGGAUUUCGAGAGCGGUACCGUGCCACGACUGACUGGAUCGCUGGAUGGCAAAUAUAAUUAUCUGCCUCUUGGUUCACGAAAACCGUGCAUGUACGUCAAGUCCUGGUGGCCGAACCUCGAGUGGAGGAUGCUGAACAGCAAUAGGCUGGGUCGCAUCGCUGACUUCCUAGAACGAAAGUUGGAGGAACUGGAGGGCCUGGUGGCGCUGGAGGAUCCCCAGGCUUAUAAACUCUACAACGAAACGAUCCGCAGCUUGAAGGAGUAUUGCUUUCGUUAUUUGCAUACGUUGGACGCGGGCCUAUACGACGACCGUGGCGGCACCACGAGGCUCGAUCGUCAUCGCGUGAAUCUCUGCCGUAAAGAGAUCGAGAACCUGCUGCGGAGGAUCAAGAUCAACGGGGAGCUGCCGAGCAAUCGGUACACGAGGAUCGCGAUGGUGCACGCGUACCAGUACCUGAGAAACGUGAAGAAGUUACGGGCAGAUCCGCAGCACAGUCUUCCGGACGUUUUCAUUUGGAUGAUAGCUGGAUCGAGACGUGUCGCCUGCUCGCGACUUCCGGCCGAGGAGUUAAUUUACUCGGAGGAUCCGAUCCAGAGAGGGCGUAUGUGCGGCCGGAAGGUGGAUAUCUUGAUGAGGAAUCCACGGGACCACGAGGACGACGAGGUCGAUUACGCCGCCUCCAAGAUCGAGAUUUUCCUUUGGCUUGGAAAUAUGGAGUAUAUCGGCGCUUGCUGGUCCGCCAUUCCACCGGGAUACGAAGUGGAGCACGAGACCAGCGUCGACACGUUCCCGAAAUACGUGCAGUACACACGGUCCACGGUAUUCCAAUUACGCGCUCACAUAUUCCAAGGUCGCUUUGAUCCCGGGAUGGAUGCAUCGGGCUUAUUGGAUCCACUCGUACGCGUUGCAUUUCAUGGUUACACAGCCACCACCAGAGUUAUCGAGCAGACUCUGGAUCCUUUCUGGGACCAAACUUUGAUCCUACCGCCGCGAACGGUACACGGUACGAAAGAGAACAUCAAGAACCAUCCCCCGAAGGUGACGAUGGAAGUCUUCGAUCAGGACAUAUGCGGCAUCAAGGAGUUCUGCGGAAGAUUCACGGCCGUUCCAUUAGUUAAACUCGCGGCGGAAACUUACUCGCCCCCUGAUUUCCCUCCGAAACUCGAGUGGUACACAUUUAAAUCGCAAAGGGAUUGCACCGGCUCCGUGCUCGCUGCAUUCGAGCUCAUAGAGGUGAACAAGGUAGGAGAAGAUGAAACAACGGACAAGCCGAUAAGCGGUUCGAGACAGGACAUUACAUACAACAUACCGGAUGACAUCAGGCCGAAAAUGGCGAGCUACAGGCUCGAAGUUAUAUUUUGGGGGGUCCGUGACAUGAAGAAGAUGAAUUACGUGCCGGUGCUUAAGCCACGGAUUAUCAUCGAGUGCGCUGGGGUCGAUGUGAAAUCGGAGGUGAUGGAGAACGCGAAGAAGUUCGGCAACUUCGAGGAACCACAUAUUGUCGUUGACUUGGAUAUGCCGGAGCUCGAUGUCUACUACCCUUCCGUCACUAUAAAAGCUUUUGACUCGCGUGGAUUCGGUUGCUUCAAGUAUGCCGGGAUCUGCAUCAUACCGAGCGUUAAGAUUUUCCUGGAGCAAUUAAUAACGGAAGAGGAUUACAACGCACAGAUACACGAUACGAAAUUGAAGCCGCUUUGGACGAAGAAGCAAUUCACCAUUUUGCCGCUGCCGAUCGAUUACGAUCCAUCGAGGGACGAGAACAAGGGUCUGAUCUCGUACAAGAAGAUGGCCAGGAAGGACUCUUCCUCGUGGAUCCGUAAGAUCCUGCGCUCGGUAAAGAGGAUGUUCGCGAGUCUGCUGGGAGGUGAAAAAACCAGAAAGAGGAGAAUGAUGGAACGCAGGAAGAUGGAGGACGAGUCGCUCGAUUGGUGGAGUAAAUAUUUCGCUUCCCUCGAGGCGGAGAGAAGCAGAGAGCUGGGGAGUUCGGUUCCCGAUACUCGCAGACUCGCCGCGACGUUCAGGAUAUACGACGGGGAAUUGGAGAUGCAGCCGCAGUUCGCAGGGUUUCAGGAUCGUCUUCGAACGUUCGAGUUGUGGAAGGGAAGGAGGGCCGCGGAUCCGGAUUAUGACAGCGAUCAUUACGUCGGGAAGUUCAAGGGACGUAUUUCCGUGUAUCGUUGGCCUCAUCCAAGGAACCUCCCCUGCAAGACAAGGAACGGCAGAAGCGCGCUUCACGGCAUUUGCAAUGAUUAUCCGUCUCCAGAGCCAGUCAAGCUUCUGGUUAGACUAUACGUAGUGAAGGGCAUCAAUUUACAGCCUAACGAUCCCCUAAGCGGCAAGUCCGACCCGUAUCUCUGCGUCAGACUUGGAAAAACGUUUAUCAACGACAAGAAGAAUUAUAUAGCUAACCAGCUGAACCCGACAUUCGGACGGCUGUUCGAAAUAGAAGCCACCCUACCAAACGAUUAUCUACUGACCAUCCAAGUGUGGGAUUACGACGCGAUGUCUACCGACGAUCUCAUAGGCGAGACGAAGAUCGAUCUGGAGAAUCGGUUCUACACCAGACACCGUGCCACGUGCGGUAUAUCGGAAACGUACCACACGGACGGUUACAAUAUGUGGCGGGAUCGGGAGAAACCGUCAUGGAUCCUUGAUCAUCUCUGCAAGAAGAAUAAUCUUCCGUUACCGGAGUACAGGGUGGACCACGUGAGAAUCGGACGGAAACGAUUCCCCUUCGUCGUCGAUGGACAGCAGACGGACGAGACCGACAGGGAAGAAUGCAUGGCGUUGAACGUGCUCCAUCAGUGGCAUGAUUUUCCGGUUUGCGGUUUCGCCCUGGUACCCGAACACGUUGAAAGACGACCCCUAUUUAAUGCCGCGAAGCCCGGUUUGGAGCAGGGAAAAUUGGACCUUUGGAUCGACAUGUUUCAAUUCGAGGAGAUACCACCGAAACCGGCGGUAGACAUCAGCCCUCCUGUACCGCGGGAAUAUGAGAUUCGCGUGAUCGUUUGGAAUACCGAGGAUGUGCCUCUCGUCGAUAGCCAAUUUCUUACCGGGGAGAAGUGCUCCGACAUAUACGUGAAAGGCUGGAUCGUUUACGACGAUCACCAAAAGACCGAUAUCCACUACAAUUCCCUGACCGGCGAAGGCAACUUCAACUGGAGAUUCAUAUUUCGCGUCACGUACUCGAAGGGCGAGAGGGUGAUGUUCGUACGCAGAAAGGUGUCGGCCCUUGCCAGAAGCGAAACCGAGGAGAAACUACCGUGCAAAUUGCAGCUGCAAGUUUGGGACAGUGAUCAUUUCUCUCCGGACGAUUUCCUCGGAGCACUGGCUAUAGAUCUAUCAAGAAUGCCACGUGGCAGUCCGAAUUCGAAAAAUUGCACGCUUCAUCUACUCGAUCAAAAAUUGCCGACCAUGGAUCUGUUCAAGGUGACGAGGAUCAGAGCUUGGUGGCCGUUUCAACGGAGUGUUGAAACUGGAAGCUACGUUCAGGCGGGGAAAGUCGAACUGGAAAUGUCAAUAUUCCAAGCGGGGGAAGCCGACGAGCAGCCUGCAGGCAAAGGAAGAGACCCGCCUCAGGAACUUCCUCCCCCAAACCGACCGGAUACCUCGUUCUCUUGGUUCCGGAACCCGUGGAAGGCGUUUCGCUACGUGGUCUGCCGUUAUUACAAAUGGCGGAUUCUCUGCUGCUUCCUGAUCCUGCUGUUCAUCUUAUUGCUCGCCUGCGGGAUCUACGCUUUCCCUGGUUACCUGGUCAAACGGAUUAUCGGGGCUUAA